AUGUCCAGAAGGAGGUCCGCAGGAGACCUGGUGCCCAAGGACAUCACUGCAGUAUUGGCCCGGGAGGCGAGGGGUCAGCGUGGACACAGAAAGACAGGCGGCUCUCUGGGACUAGCAUUCAACUGGUUCAAGGGAGGCAAGAGGAAGAAGAGCAUUGGAAAUGGGCACACUCCAGCUGCUGUUGGGGUGAAGGACAACAAAGGGCACAUUAAUGAAAAAGCUGGGCCAAAGGGGAAAGACGAGCAGAAGAAGUUGACAGUGCACUACACGGCUUGUCGGCAAGAAAAUGUGUUCAUUGAAGGCAGCAGACCGCAGCACCUGGAGGACCUGCACACGGAGGCUCUGGAGGGACUCAAAAUACAACAAGAAGAAAACAGAAAUGGAGUGGAGAACACACAUGCAGUGUCGUUUCCUGAUGAUGAGAGCGUCACUUCCACCAUCACGCUGCAGCAGGAGCAGAAUAUCAGCUCCAAGGACGAAGAUGGCUGUUCGGAGUCCAGAUCUCCCACUGGGAAUACUGAUACCAGUGACUUCUCUGCUGGGUCAACAAGACCUGGGCUUAUCUGCCAAGGUUCUACAUUUAAGCCAUUACAUCCUGUGAAAAGCAUUGACCGGAACAAGAAGAGAAGCAGACGAACUACCAUAAUGGGCAUUCCUCACCAGGUCCAAAAAGAGCUCGCCUUACGUCGGCAUUCAACAUUUCAGCAGCUUCCUGAAAACAAUAAUACUAGUAGUAACCAGUCAGGAGUGGUUGUCAUUCCUACUGUGGACGGAGGGACUCCAGUCUCAAACGGGGAAGGAGCAAGAGUGCACCUAUCUGAGCUUGAGCAGGUUUCCAGAGAGGAGAGUAUAUUAGUGGAGCAACUCCAGGCGAUGUACCAAAACAAGCUUCACUUUAGUUUCCAGGGUUUUGGACAUCACACAGGCCCCACCACCAUGAGACCCAAAUCUGUCGCAGUCCCUGGAAUGACAGCCUCACUUUCUUCUCCGGCCUCGAUGUUGAGCUUUCUACAGGAGCCGCAGGGCCCAGUGAUGUCCAUUUCCCCUCAGGCCACCUACUUGUCCACAAUCAUCCCUAAUGCUAUUCUGCCCAUCUCUGUGGACGUCAUCGAGAUCGACCACAGUUUACACCGAACUCGAGGCAGCAGUGUUCAUGCUGUGAGCAAAAGCAGCCUGGAAUCUGGGGAAUCACCAGCCAGCCCUUUGCUCUACAGAAGAUCAGACAAACCCAGCUCCCACUUUGACACUUAUCAGAACAACUCCUCAACUCCUCCUGCGAGCGAGUCCCAGUCUUCAAAGACCAUUGUUUUAGUCUCCUCCCCAACUUCUUCUAAAAGAAGCACAGGGAGCGCAGAUUCACAUAGACUGAGUUCAAAGCGGCACUCCAACGAUGUCCCCAAAGGAGUUCUCCCCAAUUUCCCCGGAAAAACAGAAGAAGUUACCAGUCAAACCAGAAAGAUCUAUAUCCCGGGCAUCGACUUCUGCAGCCUGUCCAUCCUCUCCAUCCUCCUCCCUCACCUCAUUGUCAUCUAG